ACUUCAACCCUUACCCAACCCAACCAUUUGCCACCCCUGCCAUCUCAAGCCCUAACUCCUGCGGACCCAAAUUCCCAAUGCUCACUUGGACUUGAAAUUGCAGGAAAGGAAGGACUCCAGCAAUGGAGGACUAGGGUUCGUGAUUGUGUGCUUUUCUUUCAACCAGUGGAGAUGCAACUGACACUCGAAUUUGGUGGCGGCCUUGAGCUUCUUUGCCAGUCAGUAAAGAUCCAUAAGGUUAAUGUUGAUCUACAAGCUGGAAAAGAGAAGUUAACAAUGAGAGACUUGCUUUCUUGGGUCCGUACCAAUUUGAUCAAGGAGAGGCCUGAAAUGUUCAUGAAAGGAGAAUCUGUGAGGCCUGGUGUGCUGGUCCUUAUAAAUGACUGCGAUUGGGAGCUAAGUGGCCAACUCGAUACCACAUUGGUGGAGAAAGAUGUGAUAGUUUUCAUAUCGACCUUGCAUGGAGGUUAACAUUUAUUAAGAACGUAAAUGCUUACACUGAUAAUGGGCCUGUUUUAUGCUACUUAGUCCAGCAUCAAGGUCUGCAUAAAAUUUCUAUAACAAUCAUCAUGUUGAAAGCUUUUUAAGUCUACAGUUAGAUAUCCAUCUAUACUUAUCCUAUUUCAAUAUAAUAUUUGAUAAUGGUGGUGCUUCAAAAUUC